UUUGGCUCAAGAGCAUAUCUUGAGCCAGAGAGCAUGGGGAACACUCCGCCGAAAGAUAUCUUCGGGCUAGAGGCCACAACUUCAUCUCGUUCCUGUGUGGAAGGCCUGAACGCUUACUAUGAGGCAGUCCUGGCAUACAGACCGUUUCCAGCAUGGUCCAGUGCUUCAGAAGAGGCCUUGAAGGAGGAUCCCAAAUGCCCCAUGGCGCGAGUCCUCUCGGCAGACUGCGCCUUUUGUCAGGGUGAUGGAGCAAAAUCAAAGGAACUCUUGGAGCAACUGGUCCAUGAGGACUCAGAGAAGUGGUCUUGGAGGGAGCGCAAAUAUGUGGAGGCCUGGCGCUUGUGGGUUUUGAUGAGCGACCCUGUUGGAUGCUACAACAUUCUCGCAGAGGUGGUGCAGCGCCAUCCAAGUGAUCUAUUUGCUGUAAAGCGUGGGCAUAUUAUGGGGCUCAUACUUGGCGAUGGACAAAAAAUGCUGGAUAUUGUGGAGAUAGCUGCAGAGAAGAGUGGGAAGGCUGUUCCUCCCCCCAAGUACUUGCACGGCAUGUGGGCGUUCGGUCUUGAGCAGCAAGGCCGCUACCAGGAUGCCGAAAGGAUUGCAAAGGAAGGCUUAGCCUUUGAGUCCAGUUUGGGGCCAGAUGCCUGGCUUGACCACGGGAUGGCUCAUGCUUUGUAUUUUCAAGGCGAGGGGAGACUGGCAGAUGCGGAAGAAUUCUUAAAACAGCGAUGCAGCAAUUGGUCAAAGGAGGCACUGCAUCCGUUUCUUUACACACACUGCUGGUGGCACCUUGCUCUACUGCACUGUGAGCGGGGCAACUUUGAUGACUGCUUGGCGAUAUUUGAUGAGAGACUCUGGCCUGAAGGCUCCACUGGCUUGGAGCAAGGCAAAGAUCCGCAGGUUCAGUUGAAUGCGUUGAAUCUGCUUUGGCGGCUGGAGCUGAGACAGGUUGCAGUCCUUCCACGUUGGCGACGAGUUCUCGAAGGGUGCAAAGGACUUUCGUUGCCGAAAGACGGCGAGAAAGGUGCUUUGCAGCACAGUGAUUUGCUGCUUGACAUCCUUUUGAUCCGAGGGCUUUGCAUAGAUGCGAAGCAGGACUCUCAACCGUUGGAGUUGUUCCUGACCGCAGCAAAAGCUCAUGCGGAGGAGAUGGCGAAAGGAGCGGCUGGUGCAGAUGGCAGAGCCGAUGCCUAUGGAAGCCUGGCGCGUCUUGUUGCAGAAAUCUUCAGACCUGAUGUGCAAGAUACAUCAGAAAAUCUAGAUCGCCGUGCAAAGGCACGCGACGACGUGUGGGCACUGAGACCACAUUGGGGUUGCCUUGGAGGAAGUGUAGAGCAACGAGGCAUACUGCUUGAGGCAGUCAAAGGCCCUGUGGUGUGUGGCGAGCCCAAGUCCUGAGAGGAAGUGCCUCUUUGAUUUAAAAGCGCUUUGUACAGGUUCCAUUGAGUGAAAAAGUAUAUACACAACCAGUUACCUGAACUGGUCAUGCGCCCCAAUUAGUUUCUUAGAUCAUGCACCUACAAGCUUUUGACAAGUGGCAAAGUCCACAAGUGGGUGCACAUUGCCGCAUAUUGUUGAUCGAAGGGAUGCUGGCAAAGGCCACUGGUUCGCGAGAUUGGCAACUCUGUCAACUCUGCUGGUUUCUUUUGUACAAGGACACUACUAGGGGCUCCUGGCAUCGCUACUAGGAACAAGGGCCUUACUACUAGGAGCAAGAAACUAUUAAAAACAAGAAGCUACUAGGGUCUCGUACUACCUGCA